ACUUCAGCCAUUACCAUGAGCCCGUCCUCCCCAAUUAAGGUGCCACCAACCUCCUGUGACCUAUCCAGCCAUUGUGAGUUCUGGCAUGUCGGCAAUGUACAGGAACACACCCACCUGACUACACCUCCUCUCCCUCUCCACCCCCUCUUCACCUCCUCUCCCUCUCCACCCCCUCUUCACCUCCUCUCCCUCUCCACCACCUCUUCACCUCCUCUCCCACUUCACCACCUCUUCACCUCCUCUCCCACUUCACCCUCCUCUCCCUCUCCACCACCUCUUCACCUCCUCUCCCUCUCCACCACCUCUUCACCUCCUCUCCCACUUCACCCUCCUCUCCCUCUCCACCACCUCUUCACCUCCUCUCCCACUUCACCCUCCUCUCCCUCUCCACCACCUCUUCCCCUCCUCUCCCACUUCACCCUCCUCUCCCUCUCCACCACCCCUUCACCUCCUCUCCCUCUCCACCACCCCUUUACCUCCUCCCCCUUUUUUUACCCACCCUCCUCUCCCUCUCCUCUCCCUCACCACCUCUUCACCACCUCUCCCUCUCCUCUCCUUGUACAGAAACUAGACCCAGUAAUAGAGGCGUUGGACAGAGGGGAACCAGUGGACCUCAGCUCUCUACCUCCCCCUCCAGGAGAUGCAGUGGUAGAGCGUUCAGCUCCUCCUCCUCCCCAGUCUUCCUCCAGACCCUCCCCUGCUGCUCUCCCUGCAGCUCCCCCGGUGGCCGACUCCGCCCUCCCAGCCCCAGGCAGUGUAGGGGAAGCGUUACAACAGAGGAUGGACAGAUACAAAGCUGCAGCAGAGGGGGCCAGGAGCAAAGGAGACGACCGCAAGGCACGCAUGCACCAGCGCAUCGUCAAGCAAUACCAGGAUGCCAUCAGGUCUCAUAAGGCUGGACGACCAGUCAACCUGGCUGAUCUUCCUGUACCACCAGGCUGUCCUCCGCUGCAGGGCACAGAGAGCAGCCAGCAGAACUUCAUGGGCGUCCUGGAGACGGCCAUGAAACUAGCCAAUCAGGACGCAGACGCAGAGGACGAGGACGAAACAGGGGAAUUGGCCAAGCCUGCAGUGGGAGCUCCAGUCCAGAAAGGCAAAGCCCCGGCCCCUCCCACACCAGGUUCUGGAGGCAACACAACACAGGGCUCCAGACUGGGGCUUAAAGCCCAGCAGCAGUUGGACUUCCUGUUGCUGCGGCGGCAGGCGUUCGUCCGGGCGGCGCUGCGUUCUAAACAGAUGAAGGACAUGCAGGGAGCGGCGGUCCAUCUCCGACACGCUAAAGGACUAGACCAGAUGAUCAGCGCCACCAAGGGAGGCCUGCCUGUAGACAUCACCAAGGUUCCCAGCGCUCCAGUCAGUGAGGAGGACUACUCUCUGGCUCGGUCUCGUUCCUCUCCUCGCUCCUCAGAGCAAUACAGCAGCCUCAUGGAGCUCCUCCGACAGCAGCACCAGAAAUGUCUGGGUUACUCCCAGCAGUUCACUCACAUGGGAAGCGUGGCCGAGACCUCCAGGUUUGAGAAGCUGGCAGAGGAGUGUAUGCAGAACAUUGAGGUGUUGAAGACGGCCCACGCCAAGGGCCAACCUGUCCCCAAAUACCACACUGAGGAGAGGACCUUCAACACUGUCAAAAUGUAUCCUGACCUGACAGCCAAUGAGAUGACGCUGUACAUCGUGAAGGGCAUCAAUCUACCUGCUCCCUCAGGAGUCUCUGCCGGUGAUCUGGACACCAGUGUGCGCUUUGAGUUUCCUUUUCCUAGUGCGGAAGAGGCCCAGCGGGACAAGACCAGUACAGUGAAGAACAGCAACAGUCCAGAGUUUAAAGAGCAGUUUAACCUGAACAUCAACCGUCAACACAGAGGCUUCAAGAGGGUCGUCCAGGCCAAAGGCAUCAAGUUUGACAUCAUCCACAAGGGGGGUCUGUUCAAGGGGGACAAAGUGUUGGGGAACGCUCAGCUGAAGCUGGACUCACUGGAGAACCAAUGUGACAUCAGACAGAUUAUAGAGGUGUUGGAUGGUCGUAAGGCUACGGGGGGUAAGCUGGAGGUGAGGGUAAAGAUUCGGGAGCCGCUGGGAGGAGCACAGCUUCAGAUCACCACAGAGAAAUGGCUGGUCCUAGACCCUGUACCAAUCACCACCCCCGACAGAGAGAGACAACAACAGGCCCCCUCUCCUCGCUCCAAACCAAAGAGUGACAAUGGGAGGAACAAGCAGUCUAACCAGUCCAGCCACUCUCCUCCCCAGUAUAAACUCCACAGUUUCAGUCUGCUGCACUACGACAAGGAGAGACUGGAGAGACAGAUUGGUGAUUAUAGGAAGAGUAGGCGGGAUCCUCCGUCUGACCUGGUACAGCAACACAAGGAGGUCACACACAGGCUACAGUGGCAGAAAGCCCAGUUAGAGAGAGGCUCCCCUACUCUACUGUCAGAGUAUGAGAAUAUUUUGCAGCGUUUCGCCCAGGGACUUGCUGAGUCAGUGAAGAAGUUUUCCAGCCAAGGCAACAGGGAUGCUGCUAAGGACGCUCUAGGACGGCUGAAGAUGGUGGAGACUGAGUUGGAAUCUCUCAAGAGGAAACGCAUGGUCUGAGAAGAAGAGGACAGAGGGACUGGAGAGUUGGCUGGACUACUGUUAUGUUACUCACACACACACAGCCAAUCACCUUCAACAUCUUCCUGCCACUCCUCUGCUCCUCUUUGCCUCCUCCACUAAUGCUCUCCCUUUUACUCUGUUCUUCACUUUGUAUUGUCAUUAAUUCAAUCAGUUAGGACGAAGAACCAUUUUGAAUAAUACCAGGCCUGCCUCCCAAAUGGCACCCUAUUCCCUAUAUAGUGCACUACUUCAGACCAGGACCCAUGGGGACUAAUAUAGGGAAUAGGGCACCAUUGAGAUACACGGCAGAAUGGGAACUGUGAGAUUGAUAGUGACAUGAAGACAGAAUGCAGGGCAGGACAGAGAAAGGCUUAUUUGCACUUGAAAACAAAAACACUACCGAUUUAUUAAAACGCUGCCGCCUUCACUAUAUUCUUUAAAGUCCUUCAAUGGCUCUCUGUCUUUCCCUCUGUUCAGAGAGUGGUGUGUGUAACUCCUGGUCUCCACAGUGCGUGUGUGUGUGCGUGCGUGCGUGCGUGCGUGCGUGCGUGUGUGCGUGCGUGCGAUGUUAAUGACCUUAAUCUAAUCUGUCUGCUCCACUAUUCCCAGAUUACUGUAAUCUGGCCUGUUUGGUGCCGUGUGAUUUGGGAACUACACGGAAACGGGAACUAUAUUCUAUAAUGAGGGAUUAGCUAACACUAGUGUUGCCAUGGAGACGCCUCAUUCAGGGAAGUGAGGAGAGGAGGUACCCCAGGGGUUAAAUUGAAGAGUACAGGGUUAGAAUUUGUGUAGAACAGACCUAUAGCUGUAAAACCCACUGGAUUGUCUUUGAAUUGGGAUAUAGUUUCUCUAUUCAUUGUAAUUCUAUGGUACGGAGUUUGGGAGCCCGUUUAAAAGGACCCUUCUUAUAGGAUGAUAUUUAGCCUAUUGUGAUGUCAUCAAUUAGGCUUGCGUCAUGUCACUAUGACGUCAUCUAUAGACCCAGACACCCUGAGGUCUCCUCCUGUACCCCUCUAUAGACCCAGACACCCUGAGGUCUCCUCCUGUACCCCUCCAUAGACCCAGACACCCUGAGGUCUCCUCCUGUACCCCUCCAUAGACCCAGACACCCUGAGGUCUCCUCCUGUACCCCUCUAUAGAUCCAGACACCCCGAGGUCUCCUCCUGUACCCCUCUAUAGAUCCAGACACCCCGAGGUCUCCUCCUGUACCCCUCUAUAGAUCCAGACACCCUGAGGUCUCCUCCUGUACCCCUCUAUAGACCCAGACACCCUGAGGUCUCCUCCUGUACCCCUCUAUAGACCCAGACACCCUGAGGUCUCCUCCUGUACCCCUCUAUAGACCCAGACACCCUGAGGUCUCCUCCUGUACCCCUCUAUAGAUCCAGACACCCUGAGGUCUCCUCCUGUACCCCUCUAUAGACCCAGACACCCUGAGGUCUCCUCCUGUACCCCUAUCAGUCUCUCUCUCUUGCUCUCUCUCUCUCUCUAUACACUACAACAGUAGUUUAGUAGCCUACUGUAGUGGGAUCUGUCUCCCUAUCCACAGCAUCUGACUUGGAGUGCUGAUCCAGGAUCAGGUCCCAACCUGUCCAUAUAAUCUGAUUCAUUAUGAUCUAAAAGGCAGUGCUGAUCCAGGAUCCGGUCCCAACCUGUCCAUAUAAUCUGAUUCAUUAUGAUCUAAAAGGCUAAACUGAUCCCAGAUCAGCACUGCUGCUCUGAGAAGCUUUGUGGAUACAGGUCCAGUCCCCCAGUCCUGGUGGCUAAACUGAUCCCAGAUCAGCACUGUUUUUUUUUUUUUUUUUUUAUGUUUUAAAAAAUGUAUCCAUUGUUGGCAAUCAGUCAGUAUAGACCUGUUAAUAUAUUAUAUACACAGCAUUGACUAUGGCUCUAUUUUUAAAUGAAGGAAUUGUGUGUGUGUGUCCAAAGGUGAUGGAUAAUGAACUAUUAACUGGCAUUAUAAUGAUGUGGUCAAAUGUCUUGGGAGGGGAAUCAUGGUUGGAUUAAAAUAUCAGAAUCAA